AUGAAUUCACUUAUUCGAAUCCAACUUGUUGACGCUGUGGUGAAGGAUUUCCCUAGAGACAAGAUCCGUCUUGUAUGCAAAAUCACUGCCGUAACCCUCACCGAGGCAGAUGCCGUAAGGCUAACAGCUAAUGGCCGAGACCAGGAGUUCGACCACGUUAUUCUGGCCACCCAUGCGAAUCAGGCUUUAGAGAUCCUAUGGCUUGUAACGGGCAUCGACGAAGCCGAAAUCCUGAUCGGACGUCUCAUUGAUGCCGAAGAGGCGGGUGGCAUGGUCGUCACGGAACUGUAUCAUAUAAUUUCCGUUCCCCCAAAGAAGAGCGGGAACAUCUCCGAAGUUUGCGUGAUCUAUUAG